CCGAAUAUUUUCGCGGCAAAGAGAUGGAGAGAGUGGUGUUGGCGUCAAAUCUCUUUGCCAAAGGAGAAGAUGAAUUCAUCUCUGAUUCAGCUGAAUGGUGGGAGUAUAUAUGAAAGUUUUCAUUCAAUGAUUUAGUAUUUUCUCAUUUCAAAGUUAUACUAUUACAUUUAGCCGAUGAAAUGCUACCAAGAUAUAGCAAGAUCAGGCCCCAGCGACUAAACCCAAAAUCUCCAUUUUCGCAUCUCCAAUCCGAAUUUUCAACUCUCGAUCCCGUUAAAGAUAAAAUAUUUCGUCAAUCUCCGUCUCAAGAGCUCGAUUUUUACGCCUAUCUAUUGGAGAAAUGCUUGGGGGAAUGCAAGAAGAUCCAAACCCGCCAAGUGUUCGACAGAAUUCCCGAAAGACUGAGUUUUUCAUUGAAGGCGGCGAAAGCGAUUCACGCCCAGAGCUUGAAGUUCGGCAUUUCGUCAGAGAGGGAAUUGGGGAACUCUAUUUUGGACUUGUACAGCAAAUGCGGCCACAUGGAUUACACAAGAAAGGUAUUUUUGCACCUCGAGAAAAGGGAUGAACUGGCUUGGAAUUCAGUUAUGAGUAUGAAAUCGCGUAGACGGUUGUUUGGGGAUGUUCGCGAGGAUUUUGCCUCGAUGUGGAGCUGUGGGGUGGCAGGGAAUCAGUUUACCUUUGCCAUUGUCUUGUCAGCUUGUGCUAAGUUGAUGGAUGUAGAUCUUGGGAAGCAAGCACAUUGUGCUGCUAUGAAGUUGGGGUUUGAAACCGACGCGUAUUGUGAGGGUGCCUUAGUUGAUAUGUAUGCAAAAUGCGGUUAUUUGGCAUUUGCCAAGAGGAUAUUUGAUGUUGCAGUGUACCCGGAUAGAGUUGCUUGGACUUCAAUGAUCUCGGGGCUUGCUCAAGCUGGUUUGAUUAGUGAGGCAUUGAGAGUCUUCGAGCAGAUGCAGGAAGCGGGUCAUGUGCCGGAUGAUGUAGUACUCGUGACUGUCUUAAGCACGUAUGUGGGGCGAGGAAGGCUUGAGGAUGCUUGUCGUCUGUUUGCCCAAAUGCGUGACCCUAAUGUCGUUGCGUGGAAUGUUAUGAUUUCAGGUCAUGUAAAAGGGGGUAAUGAAGGAGGGGCUAUCAAACUGUUCAAGAAGAUGGUCAAUGCUGGUGUUGAGCCAACGCGUUCAACUCUAGGAAGUGUGUUAAGAGCAAUAGCCACUGUGGCUAACCUUACAUAUGGCUUGCAGGUCCAUUCUUGGGCGCUGAAGCGUGGCCUUAGCUCUAACGUAUAUGCAGGGAGCUCUUUGGUUAAUAUGUAUGCCAAAUGUCAGAGGAUGGAGGCUGCAAUAGCAGUGUUCAAUGAUUCAGAAGAGAAAAAUGAGGUGUUGUGGAAUGCAUUAAUCGGAGGCUAUGCUCAGAAUGGGCAUGCUCGUGAAGUAUUCGAGUUAUUUGUAAGUAUGAAGGUUUCUGGAUUUCGACCCGAUGAGUAUACUCAUACUAGUCUAUUGAGUGCCUGUGCUUGUUUGGGGGAUAUCAAUAUGGGUCGCCUUUUACAUUCGUUUAUAAUCAAGAAUGAAUUCGGAAGAAACUUAUAUGUGCAAAAUGCAUUGGUGGAUAUGUAUGCCAAAUGUGGAGCUCUGCUCAAUGCAAGGAAACUAUUUGAGCAGAUCAAGAAUCGAGAUAAUGUCUCUUGGAAUGCAAUCAUCGUAGGCUAUGUGCAGGAGGAGGAACAAGAAGAAGCGUUUCGUAUGUUUCGCUGGAUGAUGUCGGAGGGGAUUGCACCUGAUGAGGUAUCCUUAGCUAGCAUACUUAGUGCUGUGGCAAAUUUGAAAGAUCUCUGCAAGGGUAUGCAGAUACAUUGUUUUAUGCACAAGUAUGGUCUAGAAAAAGGCAUGUAUGCCGGAAGCUCAUUAAUCGACAUGUAUUGCAAGUGCAGAGUAGUUGACACUGCAUCUCAUGUAUUCUCUUCUAUGCCUGAGAAAAAUGUGAUUUGUGUUAAUGCUUUGAUAUCUGGUUAUGCUCAAUUUAGCUUAGGCGAGGCGUCGGAUACUUUUAAGUAUAUGCUGCUUGAGGGACUGCAGCCUUCUGAAGUCACUUUUGCUACCCUUCUUGAGGCAUGUUCCAGCUAUAAUGAUUUGUAUCUUGGGAUGCAAAUCCACAGUUUUAUCCUCAAAGUUGGCCUUCCAUUUAGUGAUGAAUUUCUAGCUGUCUCUCUCUUAGGAAUGUACAUCAAUAAUCGAAGAAACAGUGAAGCAAUUGGUUUCUUCUCUGAGCUUCCUCGUCCGAGAAGCACGGUGUUGUGGACUGUCUUGAUAUCAGGAAGCGCUCAAAGUGGCUGUUAUGAAGAGGCGUUGCUUUGGUACCAUAAGAUGCGAUGUCAUAACGCCCUGCCAGACCAAGCGACAUUUUGUAGCGCCUUGAAAGCGUGCUCGGGUUUAGCUUCUCUAGAGGAAGGUAAGAAGAUCCACUCUUUCAUCUUCCAUGUAGGUUAUGAUAAAGAUGAGUUGACCGGAAGCGCUCUCGUGGAUAUGUAUGCUAAAUGUGGAGAUAUUGAAAGCUCGGCUCAAGUCUUCGGGGAAAUGACUAGCAAGAAAGAUGUGAUCUUGUGGAACUCUAUGAUUGUUGGAUAUGGGAAGAAUGGUUAUGCACAAGAUGCUCUAAAGGUGUUUGAGGAGAUGAAGGGGGCAGAUAUAGAACCAGACGCGGUCACCUUCCUUGGUGUUCUAACUGCGUGUAGUCACGCAGGAAUGGUGCGUGAAGGACGAGAGAUUUAUGACAGCAUGAUAGGCCUCCAUGGGGUUAAACCGCGUGGGGAUCACUGGGCGUGCAUGGUUGAUCUCUACGGGCGUUGGGGGUUUCUUGAUGAGGCGGAGAAGUUCAUCCACGAGCUAGGAUCUGAGCCGGGCUCCAUGGUGUGGGCUGCUUAUCUCAGCGCGUGCAGAUUGCAGGGGGACGACGCGAGGGGGAAACGCGCUGCUGAGAAGCUUUUCGAGUUGGAACCACAUGAUUCUUCUCCCUAUGUGCUGCUUUCAAGUAUACAUGCAGCCUCAGGCAACUGGGAUGGUGCUGAAUUUGUGAGGGAAAUGAUGAUGGAAAAAGGGGUUUUGAAGCUACCUGGAAGUAGUAAAAUCUCUCUGGAUGUAGUUUCAUAGUUCAAAGAUACAAAGAAUUAUCUAUUUUUUUAUACAAAUCUUGAUUAUUAUGUAGUUCACUAAAAUUUCAAGACUUACAUUUAUUAGACUAGAAUUGCAGCUUCUGUGUUCAAAUGGUGGAAGAAGAGAAGCAUUGAUUGAGAAGUGGCAGCCACUCUGCAAAGUAUGAGUGGCUUUCUUCCUCAGCAGGAGACAUAGCAGCUAGAGGACUCACACUAAUCUGCAAAUCCCAACACGAAAAUUAAUCAAUAACGAUUGACAGACUGAGAGCUCUUUCUCGAUUCUAUGAAUGGUGGUGCGUCAGACUUACGUAUCCUUCCAGAAGCGAAGAAUAGUCCGUGCCACCAUCUUCGACCUGGAACGCCAAGAGCUGAAGGGGACACAUAAAACUACUAUCAAGACAAGGAAGGAAGAUACUUCAUAAACUUCCAUGAAUAAGAAUAUGCCAUACUUUUCUUAUGAACAGAAGAUGCUCGUUUUUGGUAGCGUCCGUUGCCUCUGGUUCGGAGAUUGAGGACGAACGUGCUGCUGCAACCAUCGCUGAUAUCAUCUCCUCUCCUUGAGCCUGAGAAGCGACUUGCCUCCACCCGAGUUUUGUUCAUGCUGUUACCCGGCUUGGUUGGCCAAUAGCCCUGCACACAAAGAACUAGGGAUCCAAUCGUUUUCACACGACUAAAACAUGACGAAAGAAGCUCGUGCAGUAUACUUGUUAAUGAUGAAGUGAAGUUGCCAGAGCAAGAAUCCAAGAUCACCUUAUGAUUCACCACAUCUGCUGGAACAUUUAUGUUGAGAAAACUGUUUCGAGGAUAAGUGUUCUUCUUGAUCUCAUCCAACAUACCGCUGAUUAUAGGCAAGCAAGCCUCUGCUGCAAGUGCAAACUCGUCAACGUUGCGCCUCCCUCCUGGACCGUACCAGUCAUACGAUAUAGAAACAGCAGGGCAUUUAUGGAGUCUCAGCUGCCAACUUUUAUAGAGAAGAAUCCUCAGCUUGAGGUGGUCACUGAGCUAAAUCGUGGUUAUCAUCCACUUUUGAAAGGAUUCUAUA